AGAGACGGAGAUUGAAGAGGCAACGAGAGCGAAAUCAUGAAAGAUUGGAUUUCUGAAACGGUUGACAAAAAUUCGAUCUUUUGAUCUUCUCUGUGGAGCUCGGCAAGCUGGGCCAUGGCGGCUUGUGGUUGAAUUGAAUGCGAUGGUCGUGCUGUUUUUGGCGUGGUUGGGAGUGAUUUGUCUGCAGUAAGAAGAAAAAGGUUGGAUUUUGAUGUGUUUGGAUUUGGAAAGAUGAGAUUUUGGAGAUCGGAGAGGCGAUGAAGGCGGGACUGAGCACGAUCCAGCAGACGUUGACGCCGGAGGCCGCGGCCGUGCUGACGCAGUCGAUUGGGGAGGCGGCGCGGCGGAGUCACGGGCAGGCGACGCCGCUGCACGUGGCGGCGAUGCUGCUGGCGGCCCCUGGCGGGCUCCUACGCCAGGCCUGCGCGCGCUCGCACAACCUGGAGUCGCCCUCGUCCCAUCCCCUCCGCUGCCGCGCCCUCGAGCUCUGCUUCUCUGUCGCCCUCGACCGCCUCCCUGCCUCGGCGGCGGCGGCGGAGCCUAGUAUCUCCAAUGCACUCAUGGCGGCCCUCAAGCGCGCGCAGGCCAACCAGCGCCGCGGGUGCCCCCAGCACCAGCCGCCGCUCCUCGCCGUCAAGGUCGACCUGGAGCAGCUCGUCAUGUCCAUCCUCGACGACCCUUCCGUCAGCCGCGUCAUGCGCGAGGCCAGCUUCUCCUCCACCGCCGUCAAAGCCGCCAUCGAACAAUCCCUUCCAUCCUCCUCUUCCUCCUCAUCCGCCGCCAUCGCCGCCGCCGUCUCCCGCAAUGUCUACCUCAAUCCCCGCCUUCACUACCCCCACGGCGGCGGCGGCGGCGGAGGCUCCAGCGGCGCCGACCGGCCGAGAGAAGACGAAGUGAAGCGCGUCCAAGACAUCCUCUCAAGACCCACAAAGCGAAACCCCAUCCUCGUCGGCGACUGCGACCUCGACGCCACCCUCCAACAAGUGCUGCAGAGGAUUCGCUCCCUCGACGCCCCGUCGCCGCUUCGCAACGCGCAAAUUCUCCCCUUUGCGAAGGAAAUCGCCUCCAUUUCCGCCGCCGACCACUCCCUUCUCCCCACCAAGAUCAGGGAGCUCGGUAGCUCGAUCGAGUCCUCCAUCAGCAGCGGCGACCGCGCCGUGAUUCUUGAUCUGGGCGACUUAAAAUGGCUCGCGGAGAGCCCCAGCGGCGCCGGAAAGCCCUCCCUCUCCGAAACCAGCCGCGCUACCGUACAGGAAAUGGCGAGGCUCUGGAAGCAUUUCCAGGGGAACAGCCGGAUGUGGCUCGUCGGAGCGGCGUCUUCCGCCACGUACCUCCGCUGCCAGGUGUACUACCCGACACUGGAGAACGACUUGGAUCUCCAACCCGUCCCCAUCGCGCCAAGAUUUGGGGGCAACAAUAUACAUGGUAACAAUGCUGAAAGCCUAGCGGCAUCAAAAGCCUUAGUUGGAAUAGGUGCCUCCGGAGUUCUUCAAAGACAACCGCCACCGAUCACUGAUCUAUCUUCUCGAAGAACAACUCUCUGCCCCGCUUGCACAGGAAGUUACGCGCGCGAAUUGUCCAUACUUAUGGCCAAGGGGUUAGAGAAGGACUCCGCGAAACCGGAGGACAGCCGAGGAUUGCCUCAGUGGUUGCGCAUUGCCUCCUCUUCUCCUCUUCAGAGUGAGGAGGAAGGACUAAUUCGGAAGGGAAGAAGUGAAGAGCUUAGAAGUAAAUGGAGUGAAUCUUGUUCCCGACUUCAUCAUGAAUAUCGUCGAUCAUCUCCAACUCUGUCCAAUCCCUCGUGUGUUUUGAAUCCACAUCGACCGCCUCAACUCAAUUUAACCUUAUCGCAAACCGGUGAUGCUAUUGCAGCAAAGCAGCCUACUAACCAUCCAGAUAGCUCAGUGAAGGCUGAUUUGGUUCUCGGGAGCCCGGGAGUUUCAACUUCUUCGGUUGCGAAAACACACCAAGAGCGCCUCAAGGAUUCGAUUGGGUGCACGCAAGACAUGUUCGCCGGUCACCGAAGUGCUAAAGUUGCUGGCAUUUCCGACAUCGACAUGUUCAAGAGGCUAUUUAGUGGGCUCACAGAGAAAGUCAGUUGGCAACAGGAAGCAGCUUCAGCUGUUGCUUCUGUUGUGAUGCAAUGCAAGUCGGGUAACGGAAAGAGGCGUGGCCGCGCUACGAAAGGCGAUAUAUGGCUUCUUCUUGCGGGGCCGGACAAAAUCGGUAAGAAAAAGAUGGCCACUGCUCUAUCCGAGCUAAUGUUUGGUACUGGUCCUAUGGUUGUGAACUUUGGUCAUUCACCGAGCACCUUUGGUGAUGUCGAAGAGUCUAAUUUAAGUCUCCGCGGAAGGACAUUGAUGGAUCGAAUAGCGGAAGAAGCACGCCGAAACCCUUUUUCGAUGAUAGUCCUUGAGAACAUAGAUCAAGCGGACAUGCUCGCUCAGGGUAAGAUUAAGAAAGCAAUCGAGAGAGGACAUCUCAUUGAUUCGUAUGGUCGGGAGGUCAGUUUAGGGAGUAUCGUCUUUGUUCUUACUUCAGAUUGGCUACCGGAAGGCCUAAAGAGCUCAUAUAGUUCCCUAAUCGAGUAUGAGAAAACCGUACUUGAUUCUGCCCGUGGCGGAUUUGAAUUGGAGCUUACAAUCGGGAACAAGACCGGGAAACGACAUCCGACUUCAAUUUGCUACGAUGAUAGACCAAUUAAGCUUAGGAAGGAUAGCUCCGUAAGCACUAGCCUUUCCCUCGACCUUAACCUAUCAGUCGGUGAGCAUGAGUUCGACAAGGGCAGGCUCACGGUUAGCCACUCAACAUCUUCCUUGGCCUCAGACCUCACCCAACUAGUCGACGGUGUUGUAAUGUUCAAGCCAGUUCACUUUGCUCAGCUACAACGGGACGUUGUCGAGUCCGUGUCAAUGAAAUUCGCAACCACGGUGGGUGAGGGGAUCGCAAUUAGGAUCGACGACGAAGCUCUGGACAAAAUCACCGGCGGUCUAUGGCUCAGUGGCGCGACAUUGGAUGACUGGGCUGAAAGGGUGUUGGUGCCCAGCCUGAACCAACUAAGGGACAAUUUGAAACAUGAACCUGGACCAAGACUCAUUCGACUCUCCGCGACUAAGAGGGACCAAACGAGAAGCAACGCGAAGGAGUGGUUACCGACGACAGUGGCCAUUGCUAUCGAUCGCGACCACGAUAGCUGAAGGAUCAUAGAAACUUCAAUCAAAUUUUUUUCAGGAAAUUAGGAUGUACAUGUCAAUAGAAACUUAAACUACUGAUAGUUACAUGCUCAGAAUACUUGUAAUGAUCUUGUUGCCCAUUAAUCUUACUAUAAUCUCUUUA